UUCCGUUCCGAGUCGCGACCGCUUCCCCUCCCCCGUCCGGACCCCGCGUGUGCCCGUGGCAGAGCAAGCCGCAGCGCAAGCGUCGCCUCGGCCUCGCGUCGCCACCUCGCUCUCCAUCCAAAUCUCUCUCGAGUCUCGCUCCGCCCCGCCCGCCAGUCCCCUCCCAAAACCCCGCCGCCAUGGCCGACUCCGCCGCCGCCGCCCCAGCGGAGGAGGAUCCGCAGACGCUGGCGAGAUGGUACCAGCUGGAGGCGCUGGAGCGCGCGGUGGCCGGGAACACGGUGGCGUUCCUCGAGACGGGCGCCGGGAAGACGCUCAUCGCGGUGCUGCUCCUCCGCGCCUACGCGCACCGCCUCCGCUCUGCCCCGCCGCCCUGCUUCGCCGUCUUCCUCGUCCCCACCGUCGUGCUCGUCGGCCAGCAGGCGCGGGUGAUCGAGGCGCACACGGACCUCCGCGUCAAGCAGUUCUACGGCGAGAUGGGGGUCGACUUCUGGAGCGCUGACACCUGGCGCGCCGCCGCCGUCGGGGCCGAGGUCCUCGUCAUGACGCCGCAGAUCCUCCUCGACAACCUCCGCCACAGCUUCUUCAGGCUGCGGGACAUCCUGCUCCUCAUCUUCGACGAGUGCCACCACGCCAGAGGGAAUCACCCCUACGCCAGCAUUCUUAAGGAGUUUUAUCACCCCCAAUUGAAUUCUAGACCAUCCGAUCCUAUACCUAGGAUAUUUGGGAUGACUGCCUCGCUCAUUAAUUCAAAAGAUUUGCAGCGUGCCAGAUACUCAGUGCAAAUAUCUGAUCAUGAGAAUAUUAUGAAUGCGAAGGUGUACACUGUUGACAGUGAAUCAGCAUUGUCGCAAUACAUUCCAUUUGCUAAAACAAGGAUAGUCCAGUAUGAUGAUUCCAGCAUACCCUCUCAGUUAUAUAGCCAUACUGUCAGUUGCGUGAAGAAAUUGGAAGCAAAGCAUUUAGAAAUCCUGAAGUUGAAACUGAAUGGUUCAUCUUUCGAAAAUGCGGAGAAAAGGAUACAAAAAUUGACUGCGACAUUCUUAUAUUGCAUAUCCAAUCUUGGAGUAUGGCUGGCAGCAAAGGCUGCUGAGGUUUUACAAUCAUAUAAAGAAAGCUGCUUAUCCUUUUGGGGUGAAAAACUGGAUGAACAAGUUGAGGGAUUUGUUAGAAACUAUGCCAAAGAUGUAUAUAAUGAUCUCUCAGAAACUAUAUUGAAGAUGGCAAAGAGGGGCAUACAACGACAUAUUGGUGAGGACUUGGCUGCCGAUCUGCAAGAUGGGUUAUUGACAUCCAAAGUUCAUUUUCUUAUCAAAUCUCUUCUGGAGUACAGACAUAUGCAGGACUUGAGAUGCAUUGUUUUUGUUGAGAGAGUUAUCACAAGCAUGAUAUUGGAGUCUCUUCUGUCCACUAUAGAUCAGAUGUCUGGGUGGAUUGUUAGAUACAUGGCUGGCAAUGCAGGCCAAAAUUGUGGCUUGCAACAUCAGAGUAGGAAUAAACACAUGGAUAUCAUUGAUUCAUUUCGAAGAGGAAAGGUGCAUCUAAUUAUUGCUACACAAAUUUUGGAAGAAGGCCUGGAUGUGCCAAGUUGUAACUUGAUAGUCCGCUUUGAUCCUUCGACAACUGUACGCAGCUUUAUACAGUCACGUGGUCGAGCUAGGAAGCCGAAUUCUGACUACGUUUUACUUUUUGGAAGGGGAGAUGCCAAUGCUUGUUCUAAGACGCAGGAGUUUCUCGUAAGUGGGCAAAUAAUGCGUGAAGAAUCUCUGAGAUUGGCAUCUACUCCUUGCCAACCUCUUCCAAACACCCUAUGCAAGGAAGAAUGUUAUGUUGUUCAAUCUACUGGAGCAGUUGUGACUCUAAACUCUAGCGUUCCAUUGAUUUAUCGUUUCUGCUCAAAGCUCCCAUCCGAUGAGUAUUUUAAACCUCUACCAAGAUUCGAUAUUGACAAGUCUCUAGGUACAUGUACCUUGCAUCUUCCAAUGAGCAGUCCUGUACAAACAGUGUAUGCGCAAGGAGAAGUUUCUGUCCUCAAACAGGUUGUUUGUCUCAAGGCUUGCCGGGAAUUACACGCCAUUGGUGCUCUCACAGACUCUCUCUUGCCGGAGUUGACUGUUCUAGAAGAUGAACCUGACAUUGUUAUGGAGAAAUACAAAGAGGAUCAGCCUGACUACUUUCCAGAACAAUUAGUGGAUAAGUGGUUACAUUUUUCUCAUCUUGGAUUAUAUUACUACUACAUGAUCUCACUGGAAGAUUGUUCUGAAACUACUCCAGCUGAGAUAGUUUUAGCUGUGAAGUCCGAUAUGGGAUCUGAAUUCACCUCUAAUUCGUUCAAAUUGUUGGGUGUGCAAGAUUAUGUAAGUGUUACCAUAAGAUAUGUUGGCAUCAUUCAUCUAAAUCAGGAACAGGUGAUUGUCGCUAGAAGAUUUCAGUCAACCAUUCUUUCGUUGAUUAUUAGUAAUGACCAUUUGGAAGUCAGGGAUUCUACUAAGAACUUACUUGAAAUGCAACCAUCUCUUGGAGUUGUUUAUCUACUUCUGCCUGUAGUUGCUGGAAAAAUUGAUUGGUGCAGCAUGAAAUUCUCAGUGUCACCAAUGCUUGAAGUUACUAACAAGGAUAUGAGACACUGCCAUUCUUGUAAAGAUACCAAUUUAGUGCAGACAAAAAAUGGCCUUUUAUGCCGGUGCUUGCUUAAAAAUUCUGUUGUCUGUACCCCACAUAAUGGCAUGCUUUAUGCAGUUUCUGGGUUUCUUGAAUUGAAUGCAAAUUCGCUUCUGCAUCGAAGUGAUGGGAGUGCUGUUAGCUACAAAACACAUUUUAAAACUAGGCAUGGCCUCGAUUUAACAUGUGAAGAUCAACCUCUCUUGGCUGCCAGUAAGCUUUUGAAAGUGCAGAAUUUCCUCCACAAGGGCAACUGUAGAAAAGAAAAAGAAACUAGCAGCAGGAAUGCUGUUGAAUUGCCACCUGAACUCUGCUUAGUUGUGGUGUCGCCGCUGUCAGCACGUACUUUGUACAGCUUCUCAUUUAUUCCUUCUAUAAUGUAUCGUAUCCAGUGUAUGCUUCUUUCUGUGAAGUUGAAAAGCCAAUUGGGUCCAAGAAUGCAGCAGUUUGACAUACCAGCACUAAAGAUUCUGGAAGCACUAACGACAAAAAGUUGCCAAGAGGAAUUUUCGCAGGAAUCAUUAGAAACACUAGGGGAUUCUUUCCUCAAGUAUAUUUCAACUCAAUACCUUUUUAGCAAAUUCAAACAUCAGCAUGAGGGAGUGCUAACCAAGAUGAAGAAAAAUUUGAUUUCGAAUGCAGCUUUAUGCCAGCUGGCCUGCAGUAACAAUCUUGUGGGAUAUAUUCGGAGUGAACCUUUCAACCCAGAAACAUGGAUCAUUCCGGGGCUUGGCUAUGACACAUGUGGUAGUAGUAAAAUUGUCGUCAUAAAUCCCAAUAUGUAUAGCCUGAGGAAACUGAAACCGUCUAUUAAAAGUAAGAGAAUUGCAGAUUCAGUUGAGGCCUUGAUUGGGGCCUAUCUUAGUGCUUCUGGUGAGCAGGCAGCAUACAUUUUCCUAAAAUCUUUAGGAAUGGGUAUAGAAUUUCACAACAUGCCAGUUGAAAGGAAAGUUACAAUCAAGUCUGAAGAUUUCAUUAACCUGAGAAGUUUGGAGGAGAUGCUUUGCUAUAAUUUCAAUGAUCCUUCAUUGCUGGUGGAAGCGCUGACACAUGGUUCAUAUCAGAUUGCUGGCACUACUGCAUGUUAUCAGCGGCUCGAGUUUCUUGGAGAUGCUGUAUUAGAUCAUAUUUUCACUGAUUAUUUCUACCAUCUGUACCCUGAAUGCACUCCAGAAUUGUUGACAGAUCUGAGAUCUGCUUCUGUGAACAACUAUUGCUAUGCUCAUGCAGCAGUUAAAGCAGGAUUACAUAAGCAUGUUCUUCAUUCGUCAUCUGCACUGUACAAUAGGAUGGAUGACUACCUUAAAACUUUCGGGCAGUCAUUUUCAGGUCCAUCAUAUGGCUGGGAAGCUGGCAUCGGUCUACCCAAGGUUCUCGGCGACGUAAUUGAAUCUAUUGCCGGUGCAAUAUAUGUUGACAGCAAGUGCAACAAAGAGAUUGUUUGGAGAAGCAUGAAACGGUUACUGGAACCUCUUGCUACCCCUGGCACUCUGGAGAUGGACCCUGUGAAAGAGCUGCAGGAAUUUUGCAAUAGCAAAGCUUACAGCAUUACUUACACGGUGACUCAUGAUAACCGAGUAUCAUCAGUAAUCGCAGAAGUGCAGACCAAAGGGACUGCAUACAAGGCCACUCAGAGGGGCAUAACCGCGGAUGACGCCAAAAAGUUGGCAGCCAAAGCCGUCCUCAAAGAUAUGAAGGCUGCUGAUGGAAGUAAUUUGCAAAUGGUGUGAUCAUGUUAACUAGAAUCUCUUAGUUGCAUAGUAGACUUUUGUAUAGGUUUCAUGGUUCAGAAAAUGUCAUAUCAGUGAAGUACGGGCAUAUAUAUCUCAGACAAUUAAUUGUACAGUACAGGUGCCCGCGCUACAGUUUCUCUACUUUUGCUACUAGUCAUUCUUACUGUACAGAAAUGUUUUGUUUUGGUUCAAGUGAGAGCACGGUAGGUUCAAUUGUUUACCCU